CAGGACGACGCCGGAGACACACUUGACUACUACGCUUCCCACCUGCACACUCGAACUGCUAUAUGUCCUGAACAUACCGCUCCGCCAUGCUUCUAGGAACGUCGCGCCUCACCGCUCUGAAAGGUUCUGCUACGCGGUUUCCCGGUGUUAUUGCCUCAACGCGUCGUGCUCCGACGCCUCUUCUGCGUCCACAAUCGCUUGGCUCGCGUUGGAACAGCUCGUCCACCUCACAAGGGCAGCCCAAGUCCAGUCUGAAUGCGCCACUGGCUUUUAUUCUGGGAUCUGCUUUGAGCGGCGCCGCGGCCUACUACUAUGCCACUUCUUCAAAAGAUGCGCUGUCCGUCAGCACUACAAGCACUGAACUAAACAACAAGUAUGGCUCCCCGGAGGACUUCAAGAAGGCGAUUGAGGAGCUCAAGACCCUCUUCGCGAAUGAGGACACCGUGACCACCGACCCUGACUAUUUGGCGGAGCAUGGGAUGUCGGAUAAUGACUAUCAUAUAUCGUCAUCGCCCUCAGUGGUUGUGUAUCCUGCGUCCACAGAGGACGUAGUAAAGAUCGUCAAGGUGGCGGGCAAGUACAAGAUGCCUGUGAUUCCAUACUCCGGAGCGACCAGUCUUGAAGGACACUUCCGUGCGCCAUCGGUCGGUGGUAUUUGUGUUGACAUGUCGAAGAUGGAUAAAAUCAUCGAGAUACACGAGGCGGACUCCGACGUUGUCUGCCAACCUGGCCUCCGGUGGAUGGACUUGAACGAGACCCUGAAAAAGAAAGGCAUACCUUUGUUCUUCCCUCUCGAUCCGGCACCUGGCGCGACUAUCGGCGGCAUGCUCAGCACUGGUUGUUCCGGCACCAAUGCGGUUAGAUACGGAACCGCAAAGGCAGAAUGGUUCCUUAAUGCUACGGUCGUACUCCCUUCAGGAGAGGUGAUCAAGACUCGAAGUCGCGCCCGCAAGUCGUCUGCAGGCUUUGACGUGACCAAGUUGUUCAUCGGUGCAGAAGGAACUUUGGGCAUUGUCACCGAAGUGACCAUACGCCUUGCGCCCGUGUUACCGACGAACGUAGCAGUCGUGCAGUUCCCAAACGUUCGCAAGGCUACGGAAGCCGUCAUUGAGAUCGUCAAUUCAGGCGUUGGCAUUCAAUGCGUGGAGCUGUGCGAUAACGACUUCAUGCGCGCUACGAAUGUCUAUGGACUCUCCACGCGCAAAUGGCCAGAGAAGGACAGCCUGUUCUUCAAAUUACAAGGUCCGACGCCCCGCGCUCUCCAGGAGACCGCAGACAUCGUCAAGCAAAUCACUUCGAAAUAUGGCGGCACAGGCUUCUCCUUAGCCCGCAAUGACAAGGAAGCUGCGGAUCUUUGGACCGAUCGGAAGAACGCGCUGUACUCUAGUCUGGCUAUCCUUCCUGGUGCAAGGGGUUGGAGUACGGACGUCUGUGUGCCACCAUCCCGACUUCCGGAGCUUGUGUAUGGGACGAAAGAAGAUCUCGCGCAGAACGGCAUUGUAUCAACUAUCGUCGGACAUGUGGGAGAUGGCAACUUCCACGCACUCUUGCUCUUCCGAAACGACGAAGAGCUCGAGAAGGCACGUGCGGCUGUCCACCGAAUGAUCGAGCGAGCGAUCGCGCUCGACGGCACGUGCACGGGAGAACAUGGCGUCGGCAUGGGCAAGCGCGAGUACUUGGUGGAGGAGCUUGGCGAGGGCACGGUCGACCUCAUGAAGACGAUCAAGAAGACAAUCGACCCAUACAACCUCUUCAACCCAGGGAAAUUGUACCCUGACACUGGCUCCACAGCCUCAAAGCAUUAGGAACGUUGCGCGUGGGCCACAUAACCAGCUUGGAUUCCGUAUGCCGCUUGUUACAUCUCCCUGUCAGGCUGUGCCGCCGAUAUGACAUUCAAUACACCUGUAUAUAAA